CCUCGCAAUUGUCAAAUGUGCAACGCUAAUCAUCCGCUUUAUUCGUGUAAUAGUUUCCUAGAUUUAACUGUUCCCGACAGAGUUAAAUUGAUUGAGGAUAAGAAACUAUGUCACAAUUGUCUUCGCGUUGGUCACACAGUUAACAAUUGCUUUUUUGGCCCGUGUAGGAUCUGCCAGAAGAAACAUAAUAGCUUGAUUCAUAGCCUGAGUAGUGACAGUGACGGUGCAUCAGCUUCGGCUGGCAGUGUAAACAACAAGCCACCGGCGAGCGCCGUCCCCGCCACCUCGACUCAUCACACUGUUACACUUAAUUCGCACACACUCUCACGGCCGUUAACACCGGUUUUGUUAUCUACUGUAAUAGCAGAUGUUGCCGAUAGCAACAAUAAAUUACAUAGGGCUAGAGUUUUUCUCGAUAAUGGCUCAGAACACAGUUAUGUCACGCAAUCUUUCAUAGAUAAAUUAAAUACGCCUUUGGUACAGUCCACUUACAAUAUUUCAGGGUUAAGUAAACAAGUCACGCAAACCACACACUCGUGUCAGCUUAACAUACAGUCUAUUAAAGGUGACUACCAUGCACGCAUCAAUUGCAUGGUACUCCCAGUCUUAACGGAACCGCUGCCGUCAGCAGCAAUAAGCGCGCAUUCCAUUCGCAUUCCAGAUAAUAUUCAACUCUCGGACCCUAACUAUUUCAAAUCGUCAGAUAUUGAUAUAUUGUUAGGCGGUGAUUAUUUCUGGGGCUUGUUAAAUAAGGAUCGAUUUCCUCUCGCAGAAGGGCCUUAUUUACAAGAUACUAAAUUUGGUUGGAUCGUCGUGGGUCCGAUCAAUAAUAAACGCAUUAAAACAAAUAAGACUACUUGUCAUUUCACGCAAACUUUAGACACACAAUUAAGACAGUUUUGGGAGCUCGAGGAGGUGCCUAAGAUAGGAGACGGACUGACUGACGACGAACGCGCCUGUGAACAGCUGUUCGCUUCGACUACGCAACGCGAUAAAGAUGGUCGUUUUUUAGUACGUUUACCCCUAAAGGAAUCAGCUGAUGCGCUCGGCGAUACCUACGAUGUAGCUAGGAGUAGGUUCUUAUCAUUAGAACGCAAACUCGAGCGGCUCCCGGACUACAAAAAGAUGUACUGCGAUUUUAUGCGUGAGUACAUUGAGCUAGGGCACAUGUCACUUAUACACACAUACACAAAGCCUUACUGCUUUCUUGUACACCACGCUGUAUUAAAGGACAGUCUCACUACACGCUUAAGGGUCGUUUUCAAUGGAUCAAUGCCCACUAGUUCAGGGAAAUCCCUGAACGAUUUGCAGUUAGUCGGGCCGACCAUACAAAACGAUAUUUUUUCAAUAUUGUUACGUUUUCGUGAGCACAGAUACGUCGCGUGCGCAGACGUGGCAAAAAUGUACAGGCAAGUCCUUAUUCAACCCGACCAACGGAACCUUCAACUAAUUUUGUGGCGAGAGAACCCUUCGCAGCCGCUAAAUGUUUACCAACUUAAUACGGUAACUUUCGGUACCUCUUCUGGGGCCUUCUUGGCCAUCCGCUGUCUCAAUCAGCUGGCAAAGGAAUGUGCUGACGAAGAGGUCUCUCGCACCAUAUUAGAAGACUGUUACGUGGAUGACCUAAUUACAGGAAAUAAUGAUAAAUACGCUUUAAUUGAUAUCUGUGAAAAGGUCACCGACGUACUGCAGUCAGGUUGUUUCCCACUCCGAAAAUGGGUAUUUAACUUUGACGUUUCGCAAUUUUCCUCGUCAAAAAUCACAUCACGCGAAUUGUGUUUAGGCGAUAACUGUCAAAGUAAAACACUCGGCUUAGGAUGGACUAACAACACUGACGAAUUUCAUUACACGGCAAAAAUACAACAGGAUAAUAACGAACCGAUAACAAAGCGCAAAAUAUUAUCCGUAAUUUCACAAAUGUAUGACCCUCUCGGGCUACUUUCGCCGGCCAUAAUUAUUGCCAAAAUAUUACUGCAAAAACUAUGGCUUUGCCGCUUAGAUUGGGACUCGGAAGUACCUGAGGAUGUCGCAUCAGCCUGGCGUAGAUACAUACUCACACAUACACAACACAUACAUAGCCUCCGCAUUCCUCGUUAUGUAAUGAAUGCGUCUGCGCAUUGCACACAGUUGCACUUUUUUUGUGAUGCUAGUCAAGCGGCCUAUGGGGCCUGUGCAUAUGUGCGUACGCUUUCGGGAGAUAAUAACGAGGUCAUUACAGUGCAUCUGUUGUGUUCGAAGAGUAAGGUCGCUCCUUUGAAAUCCGUCAGUAUCGCGAAACUUGAGUUGCUAGGCGCGCUGUUAGCUGCUAGGUUGUACUCAAAAGUAAUCAAAUCACUUAAAGUGAAGUUCGAUUCUGUGUAUUUUUGGUGUGAUAGCACAAUCGUUCUUGGGUGGGUCCGAAUGUCACCCCACACCCUUAAAACAUUUGUUCAAAACAGAGUGUCGGAGAUAAACGAGUUAACCGGGAGCGCGCAGUGGUUACAUAGAGUGAAGCUGCGCCAGCCCCAUCUACAUCACCACAACCACAUUGAAAGCGGGUGCUUUCAAGGCCGGGGGCAUGUUCGCGAGCAUGACGCCAUCUAGCGGGCAUCCCAAGAAGAGGCGGAGUUCCAAGCACGGCCGCGCGGGGGCGCGGCGACAGCCUCUACCACUUUACCAUCUUACACGGCAAGGCACACAAGCCGCUCU